CCCGUCUCACUUAUUCUGCUUCGUCGUCUCGUCUUCCUCAAUUUUGGUCUUUCAAGAGAAACUAAAAACAAAAAAAAGGAAAAAUCCCUUUUCCGUCCCAAGCAAAUCAAACCUAGGUAGAGAUGAUCAGCAUUCUCGCUCAGGAGCGUCUUCUUGGCUUCACGCUAGGUAGCGCCUUGACAGGGUUCGUCGUUCUGGAGCAGCGAAAACUCAUCCGUGAAUCCGUCGCCGAUCGUAAAUCUCAAUCCGUGGAUCAAUCUCAGGUGAGAGAAGGGAUAUUCGGGAAGAAAUAUAGGAUGGAGUUUGCGUCUCUGUGGAACAAAGCUGUGGACCAGACCUUUGAACCUGCCAUUCAAUACCUUAGUUCUCGUAAAUGGUAGAGAGAGAGAGAGAGAGAGAGAGAGAUGGAUACUUUUGCUCAAUACUUGGCCGCCCUGUUUCUCUACUUAUUGCUGGUUAUUUUUUUUACAAUUGUAUGAUGAUGUUAUCUUGAAUACACACUAAGUAUUCCUGUUUUGCUCUUACUUUUCUUGAGCACAGUGUUGUUAUGUUUACUGAGAAUGUCCAGGUCUUUUGGUUUAA